UCGUUGCUAUCAAGAAGUGUACAUGUGUGAAAUAGUGUUUAGUUAUAGCAUAGGCUGAGUGGCAUUUUCGCAAUGAGGCAUUGCGGCUGGUGGCUCGCACUAACGGUCGCCUUCGGGAUGACCGCUCUCGUAAAAGGUGAAGCUGAUUUGGUGUACUACCCGGAGAUUGACAUUCAGAAUAUCCUAAGCCCAAUGAACUUGUGUGAAGAAUUGUGUGGACAGUGUGGUUGCAUCGGUACCUUCCUGGCGGACGACAUGUGCCAAUGCAGUUGCCAGGCUCGUGACUGCAUUCCUGAAUAUACUAAUUGCACCGACAGAAUGAUGCGUAUUUGCGACGAAUCGGAGACGGAUUGUGAAUUGAUAGAAGAACCCGAAUUCGGAAUUCGCACGAGAGAACCGAGAAAACACUGCAUGGAAUGUCAUGAAGAUCACGACAGUGAAGAGUAUGGUGGAUAUGAUGGAUACGACGAUUACGGUGCGAACGGAUACGGCGACAAUGGCUAUGGUGAAGGCCACGGAAACUGUGGUGAUAAAGGAAAGAAAUUCCUCUGUUGCAAGAAGAAAAAGCAUAAGAAAAAAAAGUGUAAGAAGCACAAGCACCAUAAAAAAAUUCAUAUAAAAAUUAAAGGAAAACUUCCGGAUUGCUGCUAUUUCAAUAAUUUUAAUAAUCAUCAUGAUUACGACGACUAUCGAACGCCACAAAGGAAACGUAUUCUGGAGGAACCCACUACGAUACACCCUCCAACAGACAAUUUUCAUGAUGUUGCUCCAGAAGAACCGGUCCCGAUAGUUGAGCCUGAAAUCGAAACCACCACCCAAGCCAGAGCAUAUGUUGAGCCCGAACCCCGUUAUGUGGACGAGGAACCUAAAAAGUGUUGCAAUCCAAAUUCGAAUAUCCAUUGCGACAAUUGUCAUAUCUAUUCUGAUUGCAAGGAAGAAUCAAAAUAUGGUCCAUCAAACGAGUAUCGCACAGCUGAUGACGCUCCCAGGGAAGAAGAGCCACCUCAACCUAGCAAAUUCAACCUAAAACCGAUCAAGGUACCUGAUUUCCGCGACGAAAAUCCAAGAGGUAAUAAUGGUCCUUCGUGGUCCAAUAGUAACCGUGAACCUGAAAGGGUGCCAAGUCCCACGUGGUCGCACAGCAACCGUGAACCCGAAAGGGUUCCAAGUCCCACGUGGUCUCACAGUGACCGUGAACCAGCAAUGGCCCCAAGUUCUCGAUUUGACAAUGCAGAUGGCGCAAAUUUUAAACCAAGAUUCCCCGGAAUGGAAGGAUGCGAUAACUGCGAGGUUUUAGAGUUUAGUCACCAUAAAGUGAAGGUACCGACGACACAUUUCAAACCUAUUAUCGAGAGAUUCCUCGAUCACCAAAGCACGGAUUCACAACCCAUUAAUUUGAACGCAUACAAUCGAGCAGUAAAUUGGCAUAUUUUCGAAGACCAGAGGGCCAGAAAGUACCAAACCGACUCUUUUCAGCCGACUAAGGUACCUUGUCGCGACAAAUACCAAGUUUCAACGCAUGAUACCGCAGCUUCCAUGUUCGCUCCAUGUUCAUCCUGCGGUAAUGUGCAGUACAUGCCAAUAGUUGCACCACCCGCUACUUAUGCUGCACCCGUUUCAGCUUACGCGCCAUCUCAUCGGGCAGGCCCCGAUACCGGCCCAGUAGUAUUCGAAACAGUGGAAGAAGACAUUCAGCCCCCGGCUCCGAAACCGCUUCCGCACUACUUGCAGACGCAAAAAGCCUCGUAUGACGAGCCGAUUUGUGCAACACCUGUUCGCCCAAUGAUGAAACCUGUCAGUGCGGAAAUUCAUUGUUAA